AUGAAAUGUAAUAGCAUAAUAUUAUUCUUCAUUUUAAUAGCAGAAACCUUAUGUUUUGAUGGAAAUGAUAAAAUAUUUCUUAGUUUAUCCUAAUCAUUUUGUUCAAUUAUUGUUACUGAAUUGGGAGAUAAAGUAAUUUAUAAUACAAUAAUAGACCUUUUUCUUAGCUGCUAUAAUGUCUAUUAAAUAUAAUCGAAUAGCAGUUUUAAUUGGUUCUACUCUUGCACUUAUAAUAAUCACAACCAUAAGUACAAUAUUUGGACUCGUGAUUCCUCAAUUGAUUUCAAUCUUUUAUGCAUAAAUUCUAGUUUCAAUUGUUUUUUAUGGGUUUGGUUUUAAGUUUUUAUAUGCCUGGUAUAUAAUGUAAAAAGAAAAAGAAGAAUUAAAAGAAGUUGAAUAGGAAUUAACAACAUUAAAUAAACAAUUGAUGAAUUUACCAGAUCCUGAUACAGAUCAAAUUAAUGAUAAUGUUACUAAAAGUAACAAUCUCAUUAUUUUACAAUAGAUUUUAUAUAAGUUCAAUUCUAAUCAGUGGUUUGGUAAGCUUUUACCUUAACGCUUUUGGGAGAAUGGGGAGAUAAAAGUUAAAUUACCACUAUAAGUUUGACUGCUAUAUAUAAUCCAUUAUAUAUUUUCUUGGGUGCUAUUAUAGCACAUUUUGUUUGUACACUUAUAGCAGUUCAUGGUGGAAAAUUGAUUGCAAAUAAAGUCUCUGAAAAAAAUUUUAAUUUUCUAGGAGGCAUUGCUUUUCUUAGCAUAGCACUUAUUAACACUUAUAUGGCACUAUUUUUAUGA